AUGAUUUGGAAACUCCUUUUCAUAUUAUUUUUUAAUUGUUAUGGAUCAUGUGCAGAAGAUGUAAUGCCUCAUUCCCCAUGUAUUGGUAAUGUGUUGGUUGCACCAAUUAGUUUAAAAGAUCAAUUUAGUGGAGAUCCAAUUCAAAUAACACAAGAAUGUUAUAAAGGUAUAGUCGAUAAUUAUGAUUCAGUUGUUUUUGGUCACCAAAUUCAUUCUGAGUGUUAUAUCGAAGAGUCUUUUAUGUUUUUUAGUUUAGAUAAUACUAACUAUUCUCGAUGUGGUUCUUGUGUUGAAUUAUCAGGUCCAGGAUUAAAACCAAUUACUUGUAUGAUUACUGGAUCAUUUAAUGUUCAAACUACAAGUAACUCAAAUUUACAAACAAAAAGAAUGUUAAAAACAACACGAGUUCCAUCAACUUCAAUGUUUAAAGGGAAAUUAUCUUUGUUAGUAUCAAGAGUAGUUUUCAAUGAAAUUAUUCCAAGUGAAAUGACUGAUUCAUUAUAUUAUUAUGAAGUUGCAUUGAGAGAAACUGCAUGUAAUUAUAAUAUUCUUCCACAAUUAGUAUUGAGAAAUAAAACAAAUGCUAUUAUCAUUAAUGCUGGUUACAUAAUUCUUGGAUUAGGUCGUUCAAAUAAUUUAAGACUACCAAAUCCAGAUGGUUCUUUUACAAUUUCAAAUACAAAAGAACUUCGUGCAACAAAUAUAUAUCAAAGCAUCAUAUAUUGGGAAAGUAUAUCAAUAGAUAAUACUGAUUACCAAAAACCACAACCUGCAUUUUCUAGAUUUUCUUCUCCAAACAUUACAUCACAUUGUGUUAGUGUUCCAACACGAAAUGUGUUUCAAUCAUUACCAGACCAAAAAAAUACUCAAGUUUUAUGGGAAGUUAGUCUCGGAACUACUACAAAUGAUUUAAAUGUGGUUACUUCAAUAGGAAAUAAAACAUUUGAAGAUAAUGAACAAUUAGUAUUUCAUUUUGACUAUCCUGUUCCCAUUCAAUGGAAAACUAUAAUACAACAUUUUGCUCUUGUUAUUAAUUCAACUGAUACUAUUUCUUUCAAAAGUGGUAAGGUAUAUUUCAAACAAGGAUCUAUUGAUGAGACAAACUGUGAUUCGUUUAGAUAUCUUAUUCAAAAUAAAACUAUUUCUUCUGGUAUUUAUAAAUAUUCUUUCAAUGUCCAUGCAUCGUUUGUUACAUCUACUUGUAAUGGUUUUGCUAAUGGACUUGAGUUUAUCAUUUCUGCUGCAAAAGGAACAAUAGUACAAUAUUGUGAAGUAUAUUAUGAACCUCAAACAUCUGAACUUGUCACCCCUUCUUCUUUCUGUUCAUAUGAUUCAUUCCAAUGUGGAAAAUAUCAAUGUACUUUAUCUGAAAAACUAUUACAACCUAAUAAUACCCAUCUAAUUUUUGAAACACCAAACUGUAUUCCAUAUUGUGGAAAAUGUCAGGUUGGAUAUUCAUGUACUGAAGAAGGUAUGUGUCAACGAAACAAAUAA